AUGUCGCAGCUUGAGGAAAGAAUCCGCACGGCCAGCAGCGAGGUUUGGGAAGAGAUGCUACAAGAACGUCGGAUUGACCGUGCCCAGUUCAUAUCUAUCUAUCUAUCUAUCUAUCUAUCUAUCUAUCUAUCUCAGUUCAUAUCUAUCUAUCUCAGUCUGUUCAUAUCCAUCUAUCUAUCUAUCUCAAUCUACUGUUCAUAUCUAUCUAUCUAUCUAUCUAUCUAUCUAUCUAUCUAUCUAUCUAUCUAUCUAUCUCAAUCUCUUAAUCCUUCUCUCAGUCUAUUCAUAUCUAUCUACCUGUUUGUCUAUCCGCGCAAUCUCCCCUUUCCUUCAACGUGCCUUAUUUCCACCGCAUUACAUCUCUCUCUCUCUCUCUCUCUAUCUAUCUAUCUAUCUAUCUAUCUAUCUAUCUAUCUCUCGCUCUCUCUUACUCUCUCUUCUUCUAUCUUACUUUCUCUAUAUCUCUCUCACACUCUCUAUCACUAUCUCUCUCUAUCUCUCUCACUCUCUUUCCCACUAACUCUCACUCUCUCUUUAACUUACUCACUCGCUUCUUCUCACUCUCUCUGUCUCUCUCACUCUAUCUCUCUCCUUCUUUCUCACUCUCCCCUCUCUCUUUAUUUCUAUCUAUCUAUAUCUAUCUCACUCUCUCUAUCUCUCUCUACCUCUCUCUCUCUCUCUUAA